AAGAACGACCUUCGGAAGAUAUAUCAUUUGAUCAAUUACUUCUGCUAUAUGCAUAUAGCAAAUUGCGUAUCCAACAACUUCCAGUGUUGUGUUGUGUCACGUGACUAUAACGCAUGCGGACUAGCUGUCUUCCACUCCCUGGGUUGGGAUUGCCCUUGAACAUCACGCUGGUUAGAAUCAAUUGCGAGGCAAAUCAGCAAGGGUUGCCCGCUUCCACCAUGUCAGACAGCCAAAAUAGUGCUCUUUUUACAGACCGUCAACCAACGCGCAAACUGUGCGAUAUGUCAUACUGUUACGGCCGCUGGUAUGGGAAGAAGGACAAAUAUAGGUUGCCCAUUGACGAAGAGGAGACCGAUCGGCUAGAUAUAUUCCACAAGUUCUUCCGAGUAGCGCGUCAUGGAAGGCUUUUCUCAGCUUCUUUGGAUAUGACAGAACCGUUGCAGGUCCUCGAUCUCGGCACAGGCACGGGAAUAUGGGCCACACAGCUGGCUGAUGAAUAUCCUCAUAUAAGUGUACAGGGCCUCGACCUCCAUAUGAUACAGUCCCGGAUGAUUCCAUCCAAUAUGAAACCUCCAAAGCUAUUUGACCUUGAGGAUUCUUGGGACACAAUUGGCCUUGGCUGGGACUUCAUACAUGCCCGAACACUCUUUGGCAGUAUUGAAUCUUGGCCGGAUAUGUACCAAAAGAUGAUCACGCACCUCAAGCCUGGGGGCUACAUCGAGCAUAUCGAAAUUGAUUGGGACCCUCAAUGUGACGACAGCUCUCUUCCACCAAACAGUUCUCUAAGUCAAUGGGCUAAAAAACUUCUCGAUGCAAUGGAUCGGUAUGGCCGCCCAAUGAAAGUGGAUUCUAAAGAAACACAACGCCAGCUUGGAGUAGCUGGCUUCACAAACAUUAGUGAAACAGUCAUCAAAGCGUAUUGCAAUGACUGGCCUGAAGAUUCUCAUGACAAAGAAGUGGGUAAUUGGUUCAAUUUUGGAUUCUCUAUUGGUCUCGCGGCUCUGUCAUACGCAGCUAUGGUCGAGACGCUAAGGAUGUCCAAGGAAGAAGUGGAGAGUCUUUGCAAUGAAGUCAAGAGUGAGAUAUGUACGCGAAGUUAUCACGCAUAUUGUACAAUGUAAGUCUUCAUAUACGCAGCUUUCGGGGUCAUCGCUGACGGCCGAUGGAGAUAUAUUUGGACAGCAAGAAAACCGGAAACAGCUUCUAACAACUCUUCAGCUUGUUCAAGCUGACCCGUUCAUUACUGUAACUCUAUCACCACAUUAUAGCCGAGCUUCCUGAUACCCCAACAUCCAUUUUUGACCUUUGACAAACUGGACAUUUGACUGAAACUGGACAUUUGACUAAAACUGGACGAUUGGCUAAAACUGGACAUUCGACUAAAAACGGAUCUCGUCUCAUUUCUUUCAAAGAAGAGUAAAUGGUGCCCUCUGGAGGCAGCUUCAGUAGUUUCUCUUCACACUCGGCCGAUAGAGCAGAUACAUCUCGUUUAUCUGACUUGAACUCUG